GUAACGUUUGAAGCGCAAAACCUUAGCCAGAAAAAAAAAUAAAAAUGGAGGCAGCGAGAACUGUUAAGGACGUUUCUCCCCAUGAGUUCGUGAAGGCCUAUGCAGCCCAUCUCAAGCGCUCCGAUUGAGCUUCCUCCAUGGACUGAUAUUGUCAAGGGUGGUAAACUAAAGGAGCUUCCUCCAUACGACCCUGAUUGGUACUAUAUUAGAGCUGCUUCGAUGGCGAGGAAAAUCUACUUGAGAGGAGGUCUUGGUGUUGGUGCCUUCAGGAGGAUAUAUGGAGGUGCCAAGAGAAAUGGCAGCCGUCCACGUCAUUUCUGCAAGAGCAGUGGCUCUAUUGCUCGUCAUAUUCUCCAGCAAUUGCAAAACGUGAACAUCAUUGAUCUUGAUACCAAGGGUGGUCGGAAAAUCACAUCAAACGGCCAACGGGAUCUUGAUCAGGUUGUUGGAAGGAUUGCGGUUGCCCCUUGAAAAAUUAAGUAAAUAAUUUUCUAUGGCUAGAAAUUAGUUUUUGUUUGAAAGAAAAAGGUUUCAGGAGGUAGUGUUAAAUCAGUUAUCUCGUUGGUCUGUAUGUCAUGUUUUCAUUCUCUUCUCUCUAUUUUAUUUUAUUUUAUUUCUCUUAACCUCCAUUGUGCUGCUUGUUUCUUGACUUAUGACUUAAAAUAGGUGUAUUCGAAAUUGACUAAUUUCAAGCUUGCUUUGACUUUAUAGGAUUAAAAAAAAAU